AUCAAAGGGCUUGACUUGAUCUUCGGGCGAGACUUCCUGAAAAGAUUCAACCCCGAGAUCAACUGGGUGAACCGCACCGCAAGCAUCUACAACAAUGGACGGAGAGUACAGCUACCCAACUGGGACGAUACUGGAGAUAUCCCAACGGAGACACUCGCACGAUUCGAGAAGGAUGUGAAGCGGACCGACACCGGGUUCCUGGCAAUAACAACAGAGGUGGAGAAUGACGGAGAGAAAGCCUCGGAAACUCCAGAAAAAAUCAAGGAAUUACUGAAGGAGUUCCAAGACAUUCUUCCUGACGAUCUUCCGAACGAGCUACCGCCAUACCGAACGCAUCAACACGAGAUCGUGGAGGAACCGGGUUCGAAGCCGACCUUCCGAGCACCAUAUCGGCUCAGCCCUACGGAGCUGACCGACAUGAAAAAACAAAUCGAGUAUCUCCUAGCCAAAGGACUCAUCCGACCAUCCACUUCGCCAUACGGUGCCCCAGUACUCUUCACACCGAAACCGGACGGAAGCCUGCGCAUGUGCAUCGACUACCGAGCUCUUAACAAGCAGACCAUCAAGAAUAAAUAUCCGAUACCGCGAAUCGAUGACCUGCUUGACCAGCUUCGGGGAGCUACGGUAUUUUCCAAACUGGAUCUGCGGUCCGGAUACUGGCAGAUACGGAUGGCGGACAACUCUAUCCACAAAACUGCUUUUCGAACUCGGUACGGAUCGUACGAGUAUUUGGUCAUGCCGUUCGGACUCACCAACGCGCCGGCAACGUUCCAAGCCGAAAUGAACCACAUUCUACGACCACUUCUGGACGAAAGCGUGGUGGUGUACCUGGAUGACAUACUCAUCUACUCGCGCGACAUGAAGCAGCACGUCGAACACCUGCGACGCGUCUUCGAAAUUCUUCGACGGGAACGAUUCUACGUCAAACUGUCCAAGAGCGAAUUCGCCCUUGAAAAGGUCCAGUUCCUAGGACAUAUGGUGAGCGCUCAAGGAGUUCACGUCGACCCCAAGAAAAUCGAAGCCGUACGUACGUGGAAGACACCCGAGAACGUGAAGGAGUUGCAGCAGUUCCUAGGCUUCGCUAAUUACUACAACAGGUUCGUGCCACAAUAUGCGAAACUCGCGGCACCACUCACGAAUCUGCUGAAGAAGAACACGCCCUACAAAUGGGAGACGAAGCACCAGGAAGCCGUGGAGCAGCUGAAACAAGCACUAACGUCCGCACCGGUGCUCAUCUUGCCAGAUCCCGAACGCGACUACGUAAUCGAAGCUGACGCCAGCGACCAGGCAGUGGGAGCAGUCUUAAUGCAAGACCAGGGGAAUGGACUGCAACCAAUUGCCUACCUCAGCAAGAAACUGCACGGGGCAGAACUCAACUACCCGAUACACGACAAAGAGGCUCUUGCUAUCAUCAUCGCCUUCAAAGCGUGGAGAUGCUAUCUCGAAGGACGAAGAACAACCGUCUACACCGACCACUGCAGCCUGAAAUAUUUGAAAACACAACCCAACCUUUCCAGGCGGCAGGUCCGGUGGAUCGACUUCCUCGAGACACACUUCCACUACGACAUCGUGUACAAGCCCGGCCACAAGAACAAAGCAGACGCUCUCAGCCGGCCUGCACACGUUGCCGCGAUUGAGAUCGAAGGGAUGAAUCCACUACUCAAGGGACUCUUCACCCACGGGUACGCCAUCGACCCCGAAAUUCCCUUGGCAGAAAAGCGACAUCUGUUACAGUGGGACAAUGACAUCGCAUACCGGAAGGGAUCCACAAAAAUCUGGGUACCCAAUUACCCUCCUUUGCGCCAGUUACUACUCGAAGAAUACCACGACGUCCUGUACGCCGGACACUUCGGUAGCAACAAGACGCUCACCGGUAUCGCCAAACACUACUACUGGCCCCAUAUGGCAGAUGACGUCCAGAAAUUCGUCACCUCGUGUGAUACAUGUCAGCGGAUGAAGAGCAGCAAGCAGAAAAAGGCGGGACUACUGCAGCCUCUUCCUGUCCCAGAACAACCAUGGCAAGUGGUUAGCCUAGACUUCAUCACCGGGUUACCACCUACCUCCAGCGGUCAUGACGCCAUCCUUGUCGUCAUUGACAAGUUCUCCAAAAUGGGACACUUCAUCCCGACACACACGACGGCACGCACCGAGGAGACAGCACAGCUCUUCGUUCGUCACAUCAUCUCACAGCAUGGCAUCCCAACUACACUCAUUUCCCGACCGAGACCCCCAAGUUCACCAGCAAGUUCUGGAAGGAACUUAUGUCUCUUCUCGGCACCAAACUCGCCAUGUCAUCCGCAUACCAUUCGCAGACAGACGGACAGACGAGCGCCUCAACCAAAUUUCACUCCCGUUACCUUCCGCUUACGCCUGCCAGCUACCUGGAAGAUUCACAACGCCUUCCAUGUCCAACUUCUGAAGCCCUAUCGAGAUCCUAACACGAUCUUCGUGGGACGCCAGCCGCCGCCGCCGCCGCCCGUCCUCGUCCAGAACGAACCCGAGUACGAGGUCGAGUCCGUGCUUGCACAUCGUCGUCGUCGGAAUGGCACCGUGGAGCUUCUCAUCCGUUGGAAGGGUUAUGAUCCUUCUGAGGACAGCUGGGUACCUGAGUCCGACAUGGGUAACGCCCGUCGUCCUCUGCAUGACUACCUU